AUGCAGCUAAAAGCGCUCAAUAUAUUCCAGUCUCUGAUUAAUCAACAACCCGAAAAGGAUUUUGAGCAGGAGGCAGACGCAAUGGCGGAGCAAGAGCAGCAAGUGCGCUGCUCGUCCAGCGAGAGCGAGAAUUUCGAGAAGAUUGACUCGGAAGACAUAGUAGUCUCUAAUGGUAAAAAUCCUAACUUCAUCGUCGGAGACGAGAGUCCUGAAGAUGUGGAAGACGACGGCCCUUCUCACGAGGGGAGGGACUCCUUCCCGAACGCGCCCCCUACUAACAUCAGGAGGAUGAUGACGCCGGCUCAGCAGCUUGCCCUGGCAGAGAAGAGGAGCACGCUCAGGCCAUCUAUGUCACAGGGUACAGUAGUCCACAGUCAUCGUUUUCAAGAGAAGGAUUUCACAGUUGCCACACCAGAAGAGUUUGUCAGGAGAUUCCAGGGCACCAAACCCAUUAAUAAGGUGCUGAUUGCAAACAACGGUAUUGGUGCAGUGAAAUGUAUGCGUUCAAUCCGAAGAUGGUCUUACGAGAUGUUCAAGAACGAACGCGCUGUGCGUUUCGUUGUCAUGGUAACCCCAGAAGACUUGAAAGCAAAUGCAGAGUAUAUAAAGAUGGCAGAUCACUAUGUGCCAGUACCUGGAGGCUCCAACAACAACAAUUAUGCCAAUGUCGAGCUGAUUGUGGAUAUUGCUGUCAGGACUCAAGUACAGGCGGUGUGGGCUGGCUGGGGCCACGCGUCAGAGAACCCCAAACUGCCGGAGUUACUUCACCGAGCCGGUGUGGUAUUCAUCGGACCUCCCGAGAAAGCUAUGUGGGCGCUGGGAGACAAGAUCGCAUCCUCCAUCGUUGCACAGACAGCUGACAUACCAACAUUGCCCUGGAGUGGAAGCAAUCUAAAAGCCGAAUAUAACAGCAAGAAAAUCAAGAUAUCAUCGGAAUUGUUUGGCAAGGGCUGCGUGUCGACUGUUGAGCAAGGUCUUCAAGCUGCGCACAAAAUUGGAUUUCCUGUAAUGAUCAAGGCAUCAGAAGGUGGUGGCGGUAAAGGUAUUAGAAAAGUUGAAAACCCUGACGACUUCGCGAAUAUGUUCCGACAGGUACAAGCGGAAGUACCCGGGUCUCCUAUCUUUGUGAUGAAGCUGGCCAAGUCAGCUAGGCACUUGGAAGUGCAACUUUUAGCGGACCAGUACGGCAAUGCGAUUUCUCUGUUCGGACGUGACUGCUCCAUCCAGCGUCGGCACCAGAAGAUCAUAGAAGAGGCACCGGCGGCUGUCGCUAGGCCCGAAGUCUUUAUCGAGAUGGAAAAGGCGGCAGUGCGGCUGGCGAAGAUGGUGGGGUACGUGAGCGCGGGCACGGUGGAGUACCUGUACGAGCAGGCCACGGGCGCUUACUUCUUCCUGGAGCUGAACCCGCGCCUGCAGGUGGAGCACCCCUGCACCGAGAUGGUGGCCGACGUGAACCUGCCCGCCGCGCAGCUGCAGAUCGCCAUGGGCCUGCCUUUGUACCAAAUCAAGGACAUCCGCCUGCUGUAUGGCGAAUCACCUUGGGGCAUGACUCCGAUCGAAUUCGAUGAGCCUAAGCAGCGGCCUUCACCCUGGGGUCAUGUUAUUGCUGCUAGGAUCACUUCCGAGAAUCCUGACGAGGGCUUCAAGCCAUCAUCAGGCACGGUCCAAGAGCUGAACUUUAGGUCUUCGAAGAAUGUGUGGGGCUACUUCAGUGUCGCAGCAUCUGGAGGACUGCACGAGUUUGCUGAUUCACAAUUUGGUCAUUGCUUCUCUUGGGGCGAGACCAGGGAGCAGGCAAGAGAGAACCUGGUGAUAGCUCUGAAGGAGCUGAGCAUCCGUGGAGAUUUCCGCACGACGGUUGAAUAUCUGAUCACGCUGCUGGAGACCGCCGCCUUCCAGGACAACAACAUCGACACCAGCUGGCUGGACGCACUCAUCGCAGAGAGAGUUCAGUCUGAAAAGCCUGACAUCAUGCUGGGAGUGAUCUGCGGUUCCAUUCUUAUCGCGGACUCCAUCAUCACAACACACUUCCAGGAGUUCAAGAGUGCUCUUGAAAAGGGUCAAAUCCAGCCGUCGGGUCAGCUGUCUAACUGCGUAGAAGUGGAGCUGAUCCACAGCGGACACAAGUACAAAGUGCAGGCGACCAAGUCGGGACCUACUUCCUACUUCCUCGCCAUGAACGGCAGCUUCAAGGAGCUGGAGGUGCACAAACUCACUGAUGGCGGCACUCUCCUCUCGGUGGAUGGCGCUUCGUACACCACGUACCUGAAGGAUGAAGUCGACAAGUACCGUAUCGUGAUCGGAAAUCAAACUGUAGUCUUUGAAAAGGAAAAAGAUCCAUCGAAGUUGCGAGCGCCAUCUGCCGGAAAGUUGAUCAACACGUUGGUGGAAGAUGGCGGUCACGUGGAUAAGGGACAGCCGUAUGCUGAGAUUGAGGUGAUGAAAAUGGUGAUGACGCUGCUCGCGCCGGAGGCCGGCAAGGUGACGUGGAACCUGCGGCCCGGCGCUGUGCUGGACAUGGGCGCGCUUAUUGGCACCCUCGAGUUGGACGACCCGUCUCUCGUGACGACCGCACAAUUAUAUAAAGGCCAGUUCCCGCUGGAAGACAACCCUCAACUCUCUGAAAAGCUAAAUCACGCCCAUAACAAAUACAGAGCGAUAUUGGAAAAUACGUUGUCUGGUUACUGUCUACCGGAGCCGUACAAUACACCACGUCUGCGCGAGGUCGUUGAGAAGUUCAUGCAAAGCUUGCGAGAUCCCUCACUGCCAUUACUGGAGUUGCAAGAGGUGCUGUCGUCGACGUCGGGGCGCAUCCCGGUGGGCGUGGAGAAGAAGGUGCGCAAGCUGAUGGCGCUGUACGAGCGCAACAUCACCAGCGUGCUGGCGCAGUUCCCCAGCCAGCAAAUCGCCAGCGUCAUCGACCAUCACGCGGGAUCGUUGGCGAAGCGCGCAGAUCGUGACGUGUUUUUCAUGAGCACGCAGGCGCUGGUUGUGUUGGUGCAACGUUAUAGGAAUGGCAUACGAGGAAGAAUGAAGGCUGCAGUCCAUGAUCUCCUUAAACAAUACUACCAGGUCGAGAGCCAUUUCCAACUCGGUGCGUAUGAUAAAUGCGUGAUGGCGUUACGAGAACGCUACAAGGAUGACAUGCAGGCUGUUGCAAACAUUUUAUUCUCUCACAACCAAGUGGCUAAGAAGAAUUUGCUGGUGACGCUGCUCAUCGACCACUUGUGGUCUAACGAGCCGGGUUUAACAGACGAGUUGGCGGCCACACUUAAUGAGUUAACGUCCUUGCAUCGCGCCGAACACAGCCGCGUGGCGCUACGAGCGAGACAGGUGCUGAUAGCUGCCCAUCAGCCGGCUUACGAGCUUCGUCACAACCAGAUGGAAUCUAUAUUCCUGUCCGCUGUGGACAUGUACGGUCACGAUUUCCACCCAGAGAACCUGCAGAAGCUGAUUCUGUCGGAGACCUCCAUAUUCGAUAUCCUGCACGACUUCUUCUAUCACACCAACGCUGCUGUAUGCAACGCAGCGUUGGAGGUGUACGUGCGUCGAGCGUACAUGUCAUAUGACAUCACCUGUCUCCAGCAUCUGGUAUUGUCGGGCGAGCUGGGCGUUGUCCACUUUCAGUUCAUCCUGCCGACUGGUCACCCUAACAGGAUCCCAAUCAGUCAGUCGGAGAUCGAGCUAUCUGCGGAACAAGAUCAAGAAGGCAUCCCAGCAGAGCUGUGUGCCGCCGCGAUGCAGAAGUGCCACCACAGGACCGGUGCCUUAGCCGCCUUCCAAUCCUUCGACCAGUUCGUGCAGUACGCCGACGAACUGCUGGAUCUCGUACAUGACUUCGCCAGCUCGGCUACUGUAAGACGGGAGGAUCUGCAAGCGUUACAAGACGGCAGCGAGAGUCGCGAGAGCACCAGCAUUAACGUCGGGCACGACUACAAACCAAUUGUUGACGCCGAAGACGUGCCGCUGGAACCGAUCCACAUCCUAAUGAUCGGCGUGCGCGAUAGCGGCGACAGCGACGACAGCGCGGUGUCGCGGCGCUUCGGCAGCUUCUGCCGCGCGCACCGCCACGAGCUGCACGCGAAGCGGAUCCGCCGCAUCACCUUCAUGCUGCUCAUCAAGUGCGUACCUCUGUACUUUAUCUCCUGCAGCUUCUGCCGCGCGCACCGCCACGAGCUGCACGCCAAGCGCGUACGCCGCAUCACCUUCAUGCUGCUCAUCAAGUGCGUACCUCUGUACUUUAUCUCCUGCAGCUUCUGCCGCGCGCACCGCCACGAGCUGCACGCGAAGCGCAUCCGCCGCAUCACCUUCAUGCUGCUCAUCAAGUGCGUACCUCUGUACUUUAUCUCCUGCAGCUUCUGCCGCGCGCACCGCCACGAGCUGCACGCGAAGCGCAUCCGCCGCAUCACCUUCAUGCUGCUCAUCAAGUGCGUACCUUUGUACUUUAUCUCCUUCAGCUUCUGCCGCGCGCAUCGCCACGAGCUGCACGCGAAGCGCAUCCGCCGCAUCACCUUCAUGCUGCUCAUCAAGUGCGUACCUCUGUACUUUAUCUCCUGCAGCUUCUGCCGUGCGCACCGCCACGAUUUUCACGCCAAGCGCAUCCGCCGCAUCACCUUCAUGCUGCUCAUCAACUUCUGCCGCGCGCACCGCCACGAGCUGCACGCGAAGCGCAUCCGCCGCAUCACCUUCAUGCUGCUCAUCAAGUGCGUACCUCUGUACUUUAUCUCCUGCAGCUUCUGCCGCGCGCACCGCCACGAGCUGCACGCGAAGCGCAUCCGCCGCAUCACCUUCAUGCUGCUCAUCAAGUGCGUACCUCUGUACUUUAUCUCCUGCAGCUUCUGCCGCGCGCACCACGACGAGCUGCACGCCAAGCGCAUCCGCCGCAUCACCUUCAUGCUGCUCAUCAAGUGCGUACCUCUGUACUUUAUCUCCUGCAGCUUAUGCCGCGCGCACCGCCACGAGCUGCACGCCAAGCGCAUCCGCCGCAUCACCUUCAUGCUGCUCAUCAAGUGCGUACCUCUGUACUUUAUCUCCUUCAGCUUCUACCGCGCGCAUUGCCACGAGCUGCACGCCAAGCGCAUCCGCCGCAUCACCUUCAUGCUGCUCAUCAAGUGCGUACAUCUGUACUUUAUCUCCUGCAGCUUCUGCCGCGCGCACUGCCACGAGCUGCACGCGAAGCGCAUCCGCCGCAUCACCUUCAUGCUGCUCAUCAAGCGUCAGUUCCCGAAGUUCUUCACGUAUCGAGCCCGUAACGACUUCACGGAGGAUACCAUCUACCGGCACCUGGAGCCGGCGUCUGCCUUCCAGCUGGAGCUGUACCGCAUGCGCAGCUACGACCUAGAAGCGUUGCCCACCAGUAAUCAGAAGAUGCACCUCUACCUGGGCAAGGCUAAGGUGAAAAAGGGACAAGAAGUGACGGACUAUCGUUUCUUCAUCCGUUCAAUCAUCCGGCACCAGGACCUUAUUACGAAAGAGGCGAGUUUCGAGUAUCUUCAGAACGAGGGAGAAAGGGUGCUGUUAGAAGCGAUGGACGAAUUAGAGGUGGCUUUCUCACACCAAUUGGCCAAGAGAACAGAUUGCAAUCACAUAUUCCUCAACUUUGGGCCCACUGUGAUUAUGGACGCCGCUAAAAUCGAGGAGUCGGUGUUAGGUAUGGUAAUGCGCUACGGACCCCGCUUGUGGAAGCUCAGGGUUUUGCAGGCAGAAAUUCGUUUCACGCUAAGAAUGGGCCCUGGUGCACCUACCAAGAAUGUGAGACUGUGUCUGUCCAAUGGCUCGGGAUACUCUCUCGACGUAUAUACAUAUGAGGAGGUCUCAGACCCCAGAACAGGAGUGAUAAUGUUCCAGUCAUAUGGGCCAAGGCAAGGACCUAUGCAUGGACUUCCUAUCUCUACUCCUUAUGUCACCAAAGACUAUCUGCAGCAGAAGAGGUUCCUGGCUACGUCUCAAGGGACUACGUAUGUGUACGACAUCCCGGACAUGUUCCGUCAGUGUGUCGAAAGGCGAUGGCGUGAGUGCAUCGAAGAGGGUAGUGUAGAUGGUCCACCUCCAGACAAUGUGAUGACUUGCGUAGAGUUGGUGGUAGAGCCCGACGGGGAAAGACGGGUGGUUGAGGUGACCAGAUUACCUGGACAGAAUACCGUGGGGAUGGUGGCGUGGCGGCUAAGCUUGUACACGCCGGAGUGCCCGCGCGGGCGCGACGUGGUGCUGCUGGCUAACGACCUCACGCACUACAUGGGCUCGUUCGGCCCGCACGAGGACUGGCUCUUCUACCGCGCCUCGCAGUACGCGCGCGACCGCUCCAUACCCAGAGUGAGUACUGCUUGUGCUGCUGCCAACGACCUCACGCACUACAUGGGCUCGUUCGGCCCGCACGAGGACUGGCUCUUCUACCGCGCCUCGCAGUACGCGCGCGACCGCUCCAUACCCAGAGUGAGUACUGCUUGUGCUGCUGCCAACGACCUCACGCACUACAUGGGCUCGUUCGGCCCGCACGAGGACUGGCUCUUCUACCGCGCCUCGCAGUACGCGCGCGACCGCUCCAUACUCAGAGUGAGUACUGCUUGUGCUGCUGCCAACGACCUCACGCACUACAUGGGCUCGUUCGGCCCGCACGAGGACUGGCUCUUCUACCGCGCCUCGCAGUACGUACGCGCGACCGCUCCAUACCCAGAGUGA